CGGGCUCACAUCGCCGCCGUCGCUUCGCUCCCACUUGAGGCUGAAAACCUUCCGUCCGGCCGCCGGUGGAGACGAGCAGAGCCAUGGCAGGGGACGGCUCGGACCAGCGGGCGCUGCAGUAUGAACAAACUCUGAUGUAUGGCCGCUACACCCAGGAGCUCGGGGUGUACGCCAAAGAGGAGGCCGCUCGGCUGAGGGAGAGCGGGCAGAGGAGGUCAGGCGACCGCAGCCGGACCCUGGACCUGCUGGAGUACGACAAGGGACGCUGCGCCAAAUGUCGCAGGUCAGGGUACCCGUAUGUUCUGGAACCCCCAGCCCAGGACUUUAUAUCCGUCUGCACGGUUCGCUGUCAGAAGUUCCUGAUCUCGCGGGUCGGGGAGGACUGGAUCUUCCUCAUCCUGCUGGGACUCCUCAUGGCCCUGGUCAGCUGGGUGGUGGACUUCUGCAUCGCCAUCUGCCUGCAAGCACAGAAGUGGAUGUACGGUGGUCUGGACAGCAACGUGUUCCUGCAGUACCUGGCCUGGGUCACCUACCCCGUGGUCCUCAUCACCUUUUCUGCCGGCUUCACUCAGAUCCUCGCCCCGCAGGCUGUUGGUUCAGGCAUCCCAGAGAUGAAGACCAUCCUGCGAGGUGUGGUGCUGAAGGAAUACCUCACCUUUAAAACCUUCGUGGCCAAAGUCAUCGGCCUCACCUGCGCCCUGGGCAGCGGGAUGCCUCUGGGCAAGGAGGGUCCGUUUGUCCACAUCGCCAGCUUGUGCGCUGCUCUUCUCAGCAAGUUCAUGUCUCUGUUUGGGGGAAUCUACGAGAAUGAGUCGAGGAACAUCGAGAUGCUGGCGGCUGCCUGUGCCGUGGGAGUGGGCUGCUGCUUCGCUGCCCCCAUCGGAGGUGUGUUGUUCAGCAUUGAAGUAACGUCCACCUUCUUUGCGGUGAGGAACUAUUGGAGAGGUUUCUUCGCAGCCACCUUCAGUGCCUUCAUCUUCAGAGUGCUGGCUGUCUGGAACAGAGACGAAGAGACCAUCACAGCACUUUUUAAAACCCGUUUCCGGCUAGACUUUCCCUUUGACCUCCAGGAGCUUCCUGCCUUCGCUGUCAUUGGCAUCGCCAGCGGUUUCGGCGGCGCUUUGUUCGUCUACCUGAACCGACUGAUCGUCCAGUUCAUCAGGAAACAGAAGGCCAUCAACAGGUUCCUCAUGAAGAAGCGUCUGCUGUAUCCAGCGCUGGUCACUUUGCUUAUUUCCACGCUCACAUUUCCUCCUGGAUUUGGACAGUUCAUGGCUGGAAAGCUGACCCAGAAGGAGUCUCUGGUGACGUUACUGGACAACAGGACGUGGGCCAAGCAGGGCAUCGCCGAGGACUUCGACUACAUCGGACACUCCCAGGCCUGGAAACAUCCGCAGCUCAAUGUCUUCGUCACGCUGGUCCUCUUCAUCGUCAUGAAGUUCUGGAUGUCUGCCCUGGCCACCACCAUCCCCGUGCCCUGCGGAGCCUUCAUGCCAGUAUUUGUCAUUGGGGCAGCCUUUGGUCGUCUGGUUGGAGAGAGCAUGGCAGCUUGGUUCCCAGAUGGCAUUCACACAGAUGGUACCAUCUACCCCAUAGUGCCUGGAGGCUACGCUGUCGUGGGUGCUGCAGCCUUGUCGGGAGCGGUCACCCACACGGUUUCCACUGCGGUCAUCGUGUUCGAGCUGACUGGCCAGAUCUCCCACAUCCUGCCGGUGAUGAUAGCGGUGAUCCUGGCCAACGCCGUGGCCCAGUCCCUGCAGCCGUCCCUCUACGACUCCAUCAUCAGGAUCAAGAAGCUGCCCUACCUCCCCGAGCUGGGCUGGGGUCACCACGAGAAAUAUAAUAUUCGUGUGGAGGACAUUAUGGUGCGGGAUGUGCGGUACAUCACACUCAACUGCUGCUACCGAGACCUGCAUAAUGUCCUGCUGACGGGCCACCUCAAGACUCUGGCGCUGGUGGAAUCAGCUGAGUCGAUGAUCCUGUUGGGCUCCAUCGAGCGCGCUCAGCUCCAGUCGCUGCUCUCACAGCAGCUCGGUCGGCCCAAACGGCUGGAGUACAUCAGGGAGCGAGCCGCCGCCGAGAAGAAGCGUCUGUCUGUUGUGUCCAUCCCGGGCAGCGAGGACGGCGGCCAGCGGGCCAGUCAGGAGGUCCGCUUCCAGAUCUCUACUGAGGAGUCGUCCUUCAGUCCGACUCGUCCGGUGCCUCAAAAGCCCCUUAAACCUGCUCUGAAGAGACCCUCGGUGGUGGAGAGACCCACCGAGCUCCCCACCAGCCCACAGGAUAAUUCAGGCAUUGCUUUGAAGAACCUGUUCUGCGCCAGUCCAGACACAGAAGGCCUGGAGGAUGACGGAGACGUGGAAGACGACAUGACCAUCAGAGAGAUUGCCGAGUGGGAGGAGAAGCAGCUUGAUGAGCAGGUCAACUUCAACAACUGCAAGAUCGACCCCGCCCCGUUCCAGCUGGUGGAGCGCACGUCGCUGCACAAGACCCACACCAUCUUCUCCCUGCUGGGCCUGGACCACGCCUACGUCACCAGCAUCGGGCGCCUCAUCGGUGUCGUGUCCCUCAAAGAGCUUCGCAAAGCCAUCGAGGGCUCAGUGACGGUGAAAGGCGUGAAGGUUCGUCCGCCUCUGGCCAGCUUCCGUGACAGCGGCACCAGCAGCAGCGAGAACGAGGCCACCGAGCUCCACAAGCUGUGGGAUCGCCACAAGAGCAUGUCGCUGCCGCGCGAACACACCCCGUCCGAGUCCGACGAGAAGUCCCAGUGAGGGGACGCCGAGGAGGAAGAAGAGCAGGUGGAGGAAGAGGAAGCGUUGAGGUCUUCAAUCUCCCAAAGCCACAAAAAUGCAAAAAUCCUCAGGGCUUAGGAUCAAUAUUUAAUUCUGGAAAGAGUUCUACUGCUACGCCAGCCUCCUCCUCGCCGCCCUCCUCACCUGCUCCUCUGCCUCCCCCUCCACCUCCUCCUUCGCUUCACGGACCACCCAGUGCUUUCUCCAGGAGCCUUGCACUGACCCAGCCAGACACUCCACGGGGGGAGUGGAGCCCAACCCAACCUGUGCCCUGCUCUCCGUUUUCCCUUUGGAACCCACAGCAGAGAGAAUGUGGAUUUGGGGGAAAAGAAGAAAAGACACACGUUGGUUGAGUCCAACAGGGACCUGGGACUGGGUGGGCAUCUUUUAAAAAGGGAUGUUUUUUUUAGACUUUGUUUAGCUUGUGUAUGGUUAGAGUUGGGAUCAAAGUUUGGACCUGCAAACGCUGUCUUUGAAUGAGUCUUCCACUUCAGUAGAGAAAUUCAUCAGCGACGACAAGGAAGAAUCCUGUACUGUAUGCGUGGACUGUGCGUGUUUAAAUGAGAAAAUGUGAGCGUGCAUGACGAGGCAGGAAGCAAACGACUAUUUCUUAUAGGAUUUUUUUUUUAUUAUUGCCUUUAGAACAAAUUGCGUUCUUUGUUUUCCUGCUUGAAUCAUUUUUAUUUCUGACUGAUCAGGUGGUCUGGGUUUGACUGGAAUUUGUCAUUUCUUUGUAAAUUACACUACGGCUUGUCCCGCUGACAAGCGACGGACUCAUCAGGAGACACAUGCCUUAGUUUUCUUUUCCUCUCGAUGUCCAUCCCCUCACUGCGAGUCUUAACGGUCGGGUUGAGAGCACAGCCUAUGCAAGCAGACACGCCGGUUGGCAGCGACGGAGGCACCUGUAGCCCGUUCAGAACACACACUCCUCUCACACUGUAGCUACAGCCUUGGGCGACGCAAGGCAGACGCAUAGAAACGCACACAAACAUGCUGCAGCGGUGCACUCGGAGAGGUUUUCUCCUUAUCUAAAUAUAGCCCUUAAUAAGCGUUCCCGAGAAGGCUGAGGCGGAUGGAGAGGGCAGGAAGCGAGGGGGAAGGAGGGAGGACGAGCAGGGAGCAAAUGGAUGGCUGAAAGAAUGAAGACAUCAUUACUUAACCAGCUGCUCUGGGCCCUCUCAUCAAUCUGCCUUUGAUUGCCAUGUUAGCUAACCUCCAUUACUUUGUAUCUGAGACACAAGCCCAGCAGCUGCAUGAUGUAACGGUCCACAGGGUCCGGCUGCACAUCCAGCCGCCGCUGGCCAAGUGUGAGCAGAACCGGCUUGAUUAAUGCAGAGCGGCCGUUUGAGCGAACUGAAGAAUCGUCCGGUGUGAUUAAGCGGCUAAAGGAAAUCCAUAAGUGACCAACAGGGAGCUCUGGAAGAUGUUCUUUAAUCAUUUGGUAUCCAGCUAGUUCACCAGCCGCGUCCUCAGUAAAUCGCCGCUGCAGCUUCCACACAGCGACAGACUGAACCGGCAGCGCGAGGCGGCGACGUUUAACCGCGGCGUGGUUUCUGAUUUCUGACCUGACAGAUAAUGUAAAGUACUCAGUCUUUAAUAAUUCAUGUGUGCCGUAAUGCUCUCUGCUCAUCAACAGAAACACACUCCUUUGUUUUCCUUCCAGCCCUCCGUCUGUCUCGCCUCCAAACAUCCUUUAUAAAAACACACUCCUGUUGUUUGAACCCUACUUUGAGUUGAGACCAGUUGAGUACGACCACUACUGCAGAACUACAGCUUGGAUGCCUUAAACACGCCCUCACACACUCCCAGCUCCACCUCGAUGCAUUGCAUGGAUUUUAUUGAGUUCGGUGGCGUCUUGUCUUGAACCCGCCCUGCACACGGUGACGCAGCAUGGCUUUGCAUGACAGUGUGCAUGUGGGGUUUGUUUUAUAUGACGAAAAUGUACCAAAUACAAACGCUAGACAGAAACGGACGAGCGAAUGAUGUCUCAGUUUGCCAUCUUGUGCCUGUAUUUUCUUACCGUCUUCGGCAUCUUCCGCUCAUCCAGCGAGCUUUAUUCACGGCCUGAUGUUCAGCUGGGGGUGGAGUCUUUAGGUUAGCGAACUUAUACUUACAGAUUAAUAUAUUUAAUAUCAUCCUUGUAAUAUAAAAAUCAUAAUUUAAUGUCUUAACCGAUCCUUACUUGUCGUCUGUUCCCUGUUUUAUGGUAUUUGUUGUUGCAUUUGAUGAUUUUGAAGUUGAUUAUCAUGCUGUUCUUUGUGGGGUUGUUGUUUUUUUUAUAUAUUUUAACAUGCUGUCUGGAACAUUUCUACGAUGGUAGACGUUGUAAAUGACACUAAUGUCUGGGUGAAGGCAGCCUGAUGGGAGAACAGAAGCGAUGUAGACGUGGACGGGGCCGGCAUGCCGGCGAGGUGUUGGUUCCAUAAGUGCCUCCUCUGCUCCAUAGCGACCAAGCUGGUUUUCUAGUCAUGUAGACGAGGCACUUUUUCACGCACGCAGAUAUGUAAGUGGAUGAUGUUUCGGCGCGGUGUGCAUUUAUCACCAUGGCAACCUGUCACCCCCCCUCCAUAUGCGCUCGCCCGGGGGACCGACUGAGAUCCACUGAUUUGGUUUCUGUUCAUUUGUUUGUGCUUUUCAUCGAUUUUCAUUACGUCGCCUUCUGCCACAGCCUCCCCCCCCAUCCUCCUCCUCCUCCGCCAACAUUUCCCAAUGUUUCAUCUCAUUUGCUCGCAGACGCAUACAGACCGAGCUAGAUGCAUAUUUAUUAGUCCUUAUUAAUCACAGAGUAGAAGUUGUACAUUUCUUUUUGUUGUCGUUCUUUUUACCGAUGAUCUACUUGUUGGGUAAUCAGUUUGUGCAAUAACAGUUGUUCAUCUCACUUUGUAACCCAGUUUUAAUUGAUGACAUGAAUGCAAGAUAACCUUAUUUUUGUAAAGAAACCUGAAAAGUGUAAAAAGACGUAUGUAUAUGAGGAGAACCGACGCUCACACGGAGCCCGUGUGUGAUGAAGUGAUGUUCGAACGACAGUUUGGAGGGCAGGGUUUCCCAAAAGCUUCUGGUCAGCUCGGCAGAAUCAGCGUUGAAAUAUUUAACACACUGUUUGCACCUUGAGGUCUUGAAGAAAAAUGGCUUUGAUUCUUUGUUUUGGCUUUUGGGAAACCUUCACCCGGUCUGGUCUCAGAGGGCUCUGUGGUGAAUCCUGCUGCAUGGACGUUCAGACACCGAGUCAGUUCUGUGUCGCUCCCCUCCAUCCUCUCCUUCAGUCUGAGGGGCUUCGAUAAGACCAGAUCCUCACAUCAGCUGUUGAGGGUUAUCUUUUAUUCACUCCUUAGGGCUCUUAGGGACUGUACAUUGUAUAUACUGGAGGCCUCCACUACGGCAAACCCUGAGGGCCAAACCAGACGGAGCUGAACAAAAUCCAGAGCUAUUUUUCACACCGAAAAAUGAAAUAUUGUUUUUGUAUAUCAGUGACGAAUAAAUGAGAUUUUAACAAACAAGCAGA